UUUUUAUGUGGACUUUUGCAGAAAGCUACAGUAAUUAAUUACGCAAUGAUGCUGUUUUAUAUUUCUAGAUAACUGAUAAAACACGAAAAUUGUUUUUUUAAAGCAAUUUAGAUAAACAGCCAUAGCAACAUUUAAACAUCAGAACCUAAAUGUGAAUAAAUAGAAGACAUUAGUGUUGGUAAUUUAGCUGCUGGCUAAUUUUGACAUUGUCCAGGAUUGGGAUUACUCGUCUCAGAUUGUUUAUUUUCUCCCUAGAUCUGCCAUUAACAUAAAUAAUUUCUCAUUUCCUCUAUUUCGAAACUCCACCCCCUUCCCCACACUCCACUCAUUCACUGAUGGCAAGGAUCCUGGAGGAAAACACAUGCUGUUGCCGAGCAGUAUGAGGCAAUCAGUAGGAAAAAUAAUGUAGGGGGGUAGAGGUACCAAUAAUUCAAGAUAAAGCUGCAUCAAGACAAUUCAUGAAGAUGAGUGAAGCAUUUCAUACUGUCAUCAUGGGGCUACGUGACUUUUUUAAGGACUAUUUUCAAGGUUUCUGGGACUAUGAGACUCCUAAGAUGAUGGUGGUUAAGAACAAAACUCUUGGAGUAAUUUACAGAGGGGUUCAGUUCCUUGUGAUCACCUAUUUUAUUUGGUAUGUUUUCAUAAGUCAGAAAGCGUACCAGGAAAGUGAGACCCAUCCAGAAAGCUCCGUGUACACGUGCAUGAAAGGCUCCGCAGUUCAUGGGGAUGACAUUCUGGAUACUGUGGAGUACGCUCGACCCUCAGAGGGUGGCGACGUGAUCAGCACAUUACUAAGAAGAGAAUUCACGCACAAUCAAAAACAAGGCACCUGUGCUGAGCAUUUUCAUGUUGCAAAUGCAAACUGUACAACAGACCUCGACUGUGUGGAGGGGGAGGCUGAUUUUGACGGACACGGGAAAAGGACUGGCAGGUGUGUUCAGUACUACAACCACACUUUUAAAACGUGCGAGAUCCAAACCUGGUGCCCUAUUGAAGAAUUUGCUGCAGAAAGAGAACCACCAUUGGUAGAGGCCAUUAAUUUCACAGUGUUCAUCAGGAACUCUAUCCACUUUCCCAAGUUUAAAGUGUUGAGAGUAAAUGCUAAACACGUCUCAGAUGGGCCUAAAAAGCACCGGUAUCUCAAAAAGUGUCACUAUCACGAAGAGAGCGAUCCCUACUGCCCAAACUUCCGUCUGGGUUACAUCGCACAUCAAGCACGGGAGAAUUUCAGCGAGCUCUGCAGGACUGGAGGAGUGAUUGGAGUUUUCAUCAACUGGGACUGUAACCUGGAUUUAGACCCUUCACACUGUAAACCCAUGUAUUCAUUUCGCCGUCUUGACCUCCGAAAGGAUCUGACGGACUCUGGUUACCACUACAGAUUUGCCAAAUAUUACAGCAACAACGGCGUAGAGUAUCGGACACUCAUCAAAGCUUACGGCAUUCGUCUGGAUAUCAUCGUCCACGGACAGGCAGGAAAAUUUAGUCCCAUCCCAACUAUCAUCAGCAUAGUGACAGCUAUGACCUCUGUUGGGAUUUGCACCAUCAUCUGCGACUGGAUCAUGCUUACGUUUAUCGACAGGAAUGAAGUCUACAGUGAGAGAAAGUUUGAUGAAGUCAUAAAGGAACCUACAGAAACCAUUCGUACCGAGCUGAGCUACAUCAGCAGCUACGGCUCCAACCACUCGGACCUGUCGGACGGCGUCCCGCUCUGAGACCCUGCAGUGUCGUGUCGUUUUUAAUCCUCCAACUGAUGGACUCACAACGUGCUGUAAAGCGGAAAUGAACUAUGCCUGUUCCACCCACUUCUCCUCAGUUUAGUUGAUUCACAUGUAUGUUUGUUUUCUCUGGUUCUAAAGAUCCAAACUGUUUCACAGCAGAAAAAAAAUCGAAAUAGAAUUGAAAACUAUUCCAUCAACAUUAAAAUACCUUUAGAUUUGCUCAUUGUAACGCCUCCUAAAACAUAUUUCUCUGUAUAUUACAUGUUUAAUGAGUCUUUGCACCUGAGAGAUAGAAAGGAACCCAGUGCAGCGUGAUGAUACAGGAGGAGUAAACUGAGAGGCCACAUCAGGAUAGCAACCAUCAGUAAUCAAAUAAUGCAUACAUUUCCCAUAAAGAGAUUUCUCUAACAAGAUUGUUGGAGAGCGAGCCCGUCUACAAGACUCAAACGUCAGUGGUGAAGCAGAACUUGAGACUGGGGGAUCGAUAUCUGCGGGGAAGGAUGGAGAUAAAACAGCAGCCAUGCUGGUUUGAGAACUAGUUAUAAUAGAGGAAAUUUCUAUUUCACUUUAAACAGUUUCAAUCAGACACAUAUUGGAUUUACAAAGAAGAUGCAUAAAAUAAAAGCUUCACAUAUGGAAGGUUUUGUUAUUUUCCAACAACAGCAGGUGUCAGAAAGAUCAUCUGAGAGAAAUAAUCUAAUCAUGUCUCCGGUUUAAAUGUGGUUACCCAUAUGGGAGAAAGCCAUCAGCAGGGAAAUUAAAUCACUGGGAACUUCUUAAGUGUAGGUUAAACCACAAUUCACUUUGAAUUUAAAUAAAUAUAUAUAUAUAUUUAAAUAACUGAAUAUAUAUAAAACCUCAAAAUAUUGUUCCUGCAGUAACUAGAAAACAGAAAUGCUGAAUUUGUUCAUUUUCUCCUCAUCAGACUACAUUUUUUGUUUACCUCUCAUAAAAAAAUGCAUUUUG